CCAUCGUCUCGUACCAUCACGUGCGUCAACGAUUUUGUUAACAAAGUUUCUUUCUUUGUGAGAACAACGGUUGAGCAAAAGAAAUGGUCGCGGAAUCUCAACUGAUUAUCUCCAGACGAGAAGCAUCUCAAAGAUGAGGAGAUGAAUGGAAAUUCCCCGGUUGUCGUUGUUUCGCAAGAUUCCGGAUACUCGAGUUAUUUUUCUGUCUUACGACAGCGAGUGACGAUGACUGGCCGGAGCGUUAAUGUAUCCGGAAUCUUAGCAAUGUCAAAGAAGACCGGCUGCAAGAUGCUAGUCCAUCAAGUGUCGGCCGUGCUUCCGGACGACAGGCCAAUAACUGCCAUUAGCGUUGUCGAAGACGUAGACAAGUGUCCGCCGAACUACACAGUGGUGUCGAGAACGUACGACCAGGACACCGACGCCGAUCUGUGGAGAGAAAACGGACUAUUCAUUAAGAAGAAGGGAAGAUACAUCUGCUUCUCGAAAACCGAGGGCCCGCCUGGUUGCGUGGUUGAAGAUAUCGUGGUGAUUAACGAACGAGACACUCCACCGGAAGGAUACAAUAUGAUUUCGUAUACCGUGGAUUCGAGGCAAAAGGCCUGGCGGAAGAAACAGGUGUGCUAUAAAAUUAGGAAUAAGAACUCGUGCGCGAAAGCAGUCACAGAUAUUAUAAUAUGCAGUAGGAUAAUCCACAAGGACUCCAAAUUAGCGCCUAUUGGGUUUUCCGCUGCCGGAGUUAUAAAUGGUGUUCGCGUAUGCUAUAAAACAGUAGAUAUCAUAAAUGCGAAUUCGGAUACACAGCCAUACGUUAAUAUAGACUUACUACAAAGCCCUUCUCCGAAUCCUUCGAACGGAUCUCCUCACAGACCAGCCCCCGAGAGGCCCCCGAAACCAAAGUUCGCGCCAAAAGCAGUCAACGGGAUCUAUCCGCAAAUUGGUAGCGGAGCUAAUAAGGACAAUGACGAGUCUGGCGAUCGAGAUUACGAAGUACUGAGUCUUAAUGCGAGAAUCAGACCCACGAGGCCGGCGCCUCAACCGCCCACGUCCGCCUUGCCCGUCCCUGUCGGUUCGACGACCGUUUACGGCACACUUCCGGGCUCGUCCGAUCUCGAUGGAGUUCCGUUCGCGCUUAAUCCUCGUCUUAUCACUAAUCAUCCUGAUUCUGCGAGUAGCAAACUUCCUGUUAUCAAAGUGUGGACACAAAGAGAUUUGGAUAGAGAGUUCUUCUACGACUUCCGUGCGGAGAGGGAGACUUGAAGGACGCGACAUUUGUGCCAGAACCAAUUCUGCGAGUUUUCGUGAGCGAGACCUUCCUGCCGUUAUAUUCAUACACGUUUGUAUCCGAUAUAAUUAAUAUUAGCCAAACAAGCGUAAAUGGAGUGCCUGAACGAAUGAUUUAUAUACUAACGCGCGAAAGAGAAUCGAACCGCACGACGCUUACAAAAAAAAAUUGGGGAUUGUGUACUGCUCUUGAGAAGGAAUAACAUAAAAAAAACUUACUCGACUUACAUAAAAAAACUUACUGUUCGCGUUUCUUCUUCUCACGCCCCACUUUUAGAUUUUGAUACCGGUUGAUAGCGUUGUCAUAUUUUUAUAGACUUGCGUUAUAUCUUUCAGAUAGAUAGUAGAGAUUAUAUAUGUAUAAAAAAUAUAUGUACACACACACGCAAUUUGUAUUAUAAUUAGAGAUUUUUUGCGUAUCUCACAAAUAUCGCAUAACUUGAACGCUUGUAAACUAUUGUGCGCACGAACAAAUGCAUAACUUUAUUGACAGUGGCAGCGCGUUCUCGUUGCGUAUUCAGUACUGAAUCCUAAGUUCGUGGCGAGAAUGCACAUCACAAAAGCUAUUUAAUUUAAUUUAAUUUCCUCCUAUUUCAUCUUUGAUGCGAUAUAUGUAUACUAUUUUUUAUACGGAGAUUCGAAUAUUUAUCCUGCAAUUUUUGAUUAAAUUGCUUCUCCCUCCUCCUCUUUGUGUUGUAAUAUAAUAUUUUUUGUUUGCAUACUCACAUUUGUAUCUAUAUCUAUUCUAUUUAAAAGCAUAUAUAUAUAUGAUUGUGUUGAAGAAAAAAAUCAUGUCUUCGAAAUCGUCGAGAUCCGCGACGUUAGAUCUUAUUCUUCCAAUUGAGACCUCUCAUCGUUCUAUUCUUUGAAAAUUAAAUUCGUACCUUAUGGUAAGAUUCCUCGUCGAAUGUACGCGAACGUAAUUUAAUUGUAAGAUAGAGAGACCCGUGUAUAUGUUAAUAAUAGUUUUAAUAAAAGAUGAUGUGGGUGAGAAGUGAACUACCAAACA